ACUUGGCAGGUGUGGGUGACCAGUUGAAUCUUUGAAUUCUGUGAUGAAGUCUACUGAAAGGGCAGAGGAAAACGACCAUUUCGCGCGUAACUGGGUCGUUAAUUCCGGUAUUUCACUCUCGCGUGCGUAUUUGGUGUCUAGAGCAGUCGUUGAAACCCAAAACCACCUUCACCGUCACCCCGCUGCUUCCUUCUUCCCUCAAAUAUAUGAUUCAUGCCUGAAAAGUCUCUACUUUGCCACACGGUCGCACCAAAACAAAACCUAGUUACCAUUUUUCUGUCCGUGAGCCAAAAUUUAAUUUGUGUUUGGUCCCCAUUUAGUAACAGUGAGAAAUGGGGUUUUGUCGACCGUCUAGUUGGCUUUAUUAUUAUUAAUUUUUUUUAGGUUUCCCAAUUGGGAAAAAUCUUCUUUCUGGGUCUGUGUUUGACCGCUGUUCGACAGGAGAAGAGGCUUUAUCUGAAUAGUCAUCGGAUAAUGUUGAAGGAAAGAUCGGGGUAGUUGGUAUUUGUUAGGCUUUUAGUUUCAUAUUUCACGAGAAAAAUUGGUAGGUCACAACUCACGAGAAAGGUCACAUGGGAAGCUCGUGAGUUUUCUCCCGCUUCACCGUGACGGCUGAACUCAGUUUCUCUUAAAGUCCAAUUGCUUUUCUUUUCAGCUUCUGGGAAUCCGGUUUUGAUGUACUUAGUAAGAGAGGGAGAGAGACACAGAUCCUAUAUCUUGUGUGUUGAACUGAUAUCGUGGAGACGGCAUGAGUCAUUCUGGAGCAGAAAGGGAAGGCAGAGCUGGAGUUGAAGUUACCAAGGACAGGAAUGGCGUAGACCAGGUUGUUCUUCGGAACCAUCGAGGAGCUUCGGCAAGGGUUAGUUUGCACGGAGGGCAGGUACUUUCAUGGAAAACUGAACGUGGUGAAGAAUUAUUAUUCACCAGUAGUAAGGCAAUCUUUAGUCCUCCAAGAGCAGUGCGAGGAGGAAUUCCAAUAUGUUUUCCCCAGUUUGGAAACCGUGGAACACUAGAGCAACAUGGAUUUGCAAGGAACAAGAUGUGGGUUAUUGAUGACAGUCCUCCACCACUUCCAAGUACUGAUUCCCAUGGCAAAUCCUAUAUUGACUUGCUACUCAAACCAUCUGAUGAAGAUCUUAAGACAUGGCCACAUAGCUUUGAGGUUCGCCUAAGGGUGUGUUUGGCAGCGGAUGGCAACCUAACUGUAAUUUCUCGCAUCAGGAAUGUGAAUAGCAAGCCUUUCAGUUUCUCCUUUGCGUAUCACACAUACUUCUCUAUCUCUGAUAUCAGUGAAGUGAGGGUAGAAGGGUUGGAGACUCUCGAUUACCUCGACAACCUACGCAAUAAAGAGCGCUUCACAGAACAAGGGGAUGCUUUAACAUUUGAAUCUGAGGUGGAUCGCGUCUAUCUGGAUUCAUGUAACGUGGUCGCUGUCCUAGAUCACGAAAGGAAGAGAACAUUUGUGAUACGAAAGGAAGGACUUCCAGACAUUGUUGUUUGGAAUCCAUGGGAGAAAAAGUCAAAAACGAUGGUGGAUCUUGGGGAUGAAGAAUACAAGCAGAUGGUUUGUGUUGAUGGUGCGGCAGUUGAGAAACCAAUCACGCUGAAGCCAGGUGAAGAAUGGACAGGCCGCUUGGACCUCUCUGUUGUCCCCUCCACUUGAUCUGCAUCAACUGACUUUUACAGGCACAAGACUCUGAAUGUAAACCACCCAGCAUUCUUUUUAAGCAUGUGGUAAUAGUCCAUUUAAAUAUUGUGUGAGUGACAUAAAUGUAAAUAAUAGGAGAUAAUCCCAGACAAACGGCGAAUUUGAAUUAAGUCUCCUGUAACUUAUAGAAAUUAGACGUGGGCUUUGUUCUCCUCGCAAAGCCCAAACAAUAGAUCAGGUGCGUAUUAUAAGAUAGAAAUUGUAAGUUGAUAUGCAUUGUUUAACUUCCUAGUGUUUAUAAGAUUUAUAUUGAGAUUGAUGAUGCAUAUAUCCACUUUUCAAUGAAUUUGAAAUGCACCAGUGAUGCACCUAAAGUGAUUGUUCAAUA